AUGGCAGUGGCGAUGGCAGCGGUGGUAGAAGAGGCGGCAGCAGCGGCGGUUGGAGAACCAUAUGUGAACAGUAAUUCCUGUGAGAAGCAGGACCAUUCAGCUUUUCCCAAUAUGCUGCGAUUGUGUGUAGUCGUGGUCCUCGCCUCCACCGCAUGUGCACUGGGAGCCUCGCUGCCGGUUCGCCGCUUGACUCACACUGGUCCAGCCAGGAGGUUGGGCGUAGCUACAGGCCGAAUCUAUGGAGGCCACGACGCAGCGAGGGGCGAAUUCCCAUAUAUGGUGUCGCUGAAGAUAGUGGGGACGUUCAGCAAGAGCCACCAUUGCGGAGGCGCCAUCAUCUCCAGUGCGUCUGUGCUCACAGCAGCCCACUGCAUCACCAACAUCGACAAAUCGAUUGCAGUGGCUGGAGAACUGGACCAGAGCACCGACGAAGGCACGGAGCAGGAGGUGAGGAUUUCACAGAUGAUCAAGCACCCAGACCACCCAGGAGGUACUGACGUGAGCCCUAACGACAUCGCUGUCUUCAAACUGAUGACCGCCUUCACGUUCAACUCUUUUGUCCAACCCAUUAACCUGCCCAGCGCCGGAGUUGUUCCCACAGAUGGAUCAUCCGCUGUUGCGCUCGGCUGGGGAGAGACAGAAGACGAAGGCGAACCGGAUAUCCUGCAGACUGUAGACGUCGUCAUCAUCGAUCAAGCGACUUGCGCGCAGCUGAUCGACAGCUUAAUAACGGAAAACCAGCUGACUGACACUAUGAUCUGCACAGGCCCAGUCACAGGAGGAACCGGUGUCUGCUACGGAGACUCUGGCAGUCCAGUUACGCAGGACGGCACGGUGAUUGGCGUGGUUUCAUGGACCAUCAUGCCAUGUGCCACAGAGAGGUCUCCUAGUGUGCACACCAGGGUGUCCGCCUUCCUCGACUUUGUUAACGAACACAUUUAG